AUGGUUUCUUGUUUUUUGUGUGCUACUGAGGUUUCAAAUUUUAAAGCUCUGCGAGUUCAUUUCCAAUUUUUCCAUAAAUAUCAUUCCUUUGAACAAUAUAGGUGCACAGAAAAUGGCUGUUCUAGGUCAUACCACCUUUUUAAUUCAUAUCGGCGGCAUUAUUUGAGAGAGCACUUAACGGAAGAAUUAGGCAUAAUUGAAAAUGAAGGGUCUCUUGUAACAAAUAUCAGUUCACAACUUCAUGAAGAUAAUUCUUUAACAAAUACUGAAACGCCACUUGAAACUGAUUUUUCAUCUCAUGUAGCGUUGCAUGAAUCAGUAGGUGUAGCGCCGAACGUUGCAAAUUCUUCAAGUAGUCUUACAUUUGAAACAGCUUUGGCAUCAUUGAUAGCGGCCUUGUAUGGAUCUGCAAAUUUCCCUAGAAAUAUUAUUCAAAUUGUUCUUGAAAAUCUUCAAAACAUUAUAUCACAUUCUGUGGUUCCAUUAUUGCGUGAGGCAUUGCAAAAUAUGGUUAAUAAAAGUAGCAUUGUUUCUAAUCAUUCCGUUUUAGAAGUAGUUCAAACAGUAAUUAACACAGUAAAUUCUGGAUUAAACAAAUUUUCAUCAGAACAUCGUAGACUUAAUUAUUUUCAGCGUUGCCAGACUUACAUACCUCCACAAUCAAUUGUAGUAGGUGAAAGACAAGAGCCAAAUACUGUAAACGAUAGGGAUGUUUUUUCGUCAGUUACUCGUAGUAUGCAGUUUAUUCCGCUAAGAAAAGUCCUGCAUGCAUUUUUUUCACUCGAGUCACUCUUGGCUGAUACAUUACAGCACAUGGAAAAUCUUUAUAGUAAUAUCACAAGAAUACAGAAUUUUAUUCAAGGGAAUUACUGGCAAUCAAAAAGAACAGGUAACGCUGGAAGAAUCGUUGUGCCUUUAUUCAUAUUUUUUGAUGACUAUGAAACCUCGAAUGCCUUGGGCAGUCACUCGGGGAUUCAUAAAUUAGGCGCUUUAUAUGUUUCAAUACCUUGUUUACCACCUUGGCGUUGCUCUGCUCUUUCUAACAUAUUUUUAACCUUAUUGUUCCAUUCUUCUGAUAGAUCGGAAUUCGGCAAUAACGUAAUAUUCAUGCCUGUAAUAGAUGAACUGAAUUAUCUCAGUACCUCUGGUAUCAAUUUUGAUUUACCCGAUUUUAAUGGAACGGUGUACUUUGAAUUAGCGCUUAUUCUCGGUGAUAAUUUGGGCAUUCAUUCAAUUAUUGGUUUUGUUGAAAGUUUUUCCGCUAACUAUCCUUGCAGGAUUUGUAGAGUAAGAAAGGAAGACAUCAAACUUCAGGUCUGUGAAAAUAGCACAACUUUAAGAUGUAACAAUGAUUAUGACGCAGAUAUCAUGGAAGAUAUUCCUGGAAACUCUGGUGUUAAGGAAAAAUGUGUCUGGUUAAAAGUAAGCGGAUUUGAUUUAUUCAAACAAGUUGGUGUCGAUGUCAUGCACGACAUUCUUGAAGGCGUCGGUAAAUAUGUUAUGGGUCUUGUACUUCUAAAGUAUAUUAGUCGUUUUAAAUAUUUUUCUCUGGAAUUGUUGAAUAACAGGCUACGUAGUUUUGCAUAUGGACCUGAUAACCGUAAUAAGCUUGUUGAAUUAAGUAUGGCGCACAUAAAUCAGUGUAAUAUUCGUCUAAGUGCGUCAGAAAUGUUAACUUUUAUAAGAUACUUUUCUAUUUUAGUGGGUGAUAAGGUUCCUGGAGGUGACAGUUAUUGGACACUUUACUUAAAAUUAAGGGAAGUUUUAGAACUUACAAUGGCUACAACUGUUUGGAAUGGUCUUGAUACUGUGUUGAAGGAUUGUGUGACGGAACUUAAUGAAUUGUAUUUGCUUCUUUCAAAUGAAUCUCUUAAACCUAAAUUUCACCACCUCACUCACUAUCAUAGCAUGAUGACUAAUUUUGGCCCGCUUUCGUUGAUUUCUUCUAUGAGAUACGAAGCAAAACACAAGUUGUCGAAAACUUCUGCAAGAGCUUCGUGUAACCGUAGGAAUAUCUCGUUAAGCUUAGCUGUCAAACAUCAACUCAAAUUAAAUGAAAUAUUUUCUAAAGGUACGCUUGAUCCUAUUCUAACCUGGGGUCCAAAAAAAUUAAAGCCAAUACCUUCUGAUUUAGAUCUUAUUCAAUCUUCUCUUCAAUUAGACGAUAAAAUGUCUUUAUUCCGUGUCCGUUGGGUUGCCAUGACCUCCGUUCGAUAUAAUAAAGGUUCUGUACUAGUAUGUGGCCCUAAACCAAUCUGCGAUCGCAACGACAUCAAUUUCUUGAUGGUUGACAAUAUCUACAUUUAUGAUGAUAUGGAGGUUAUUUUAACAGGGACUAUGCUACACACUGUUCUUUUUGAUUGUCAUUAUUAUGCGUAUGAAUUAGAGCAUAAAUCACAAGAAACGGUCGCUAUUUGGUACAAGACCCUUGAUUUUCAGACACCUCAUGCUUUAAACACAAUUUUUUCGCCUCAUAAAAAGUUGUUGAUCACAUUGCGUAGCCCUAUUUAA